AUGAAGUUCUUGAUUACCAUUUUCCUCAUUUCGAUGCUCCAGGCAUCUACCCUCGCCAGUCCCCUGGUCUCAGGAGGUCAGGCCCUUACCGAAGCUCUUGCCUCCCCCAAGCAGAGUGAUCACCUCAAUUCGCAGACCCAAACACGCCGCCUCCCAAGUCUAAACGCCAGAGCUGUCGACUUCUACGAAGUGAACUGGGCCGGUGCCUACCUCAACGGGUCCGGAUACAAUGCCGUCACUGCUGAGUUCACGAUCCCCCGAAUCAAACUCCCCCUCGAUGCCAGGCCCAAUUGGCAAUACUGUGCCUCCGCGUGGAUUGGUCUUGAUGGCCUCGGCUGCCCCGGUGGAGGCCUACAGGCCGGUGUUUCCUUCUGCCUCAAUGGCACCAAAGUCAGCUACAAUGUAUGGUCCGAUUGGGAUCAUCGUCAUAACAUGGACGACCUCUCGCUCGUGGUUGGCGAUAUCGUGAAACUCACAGUCAACACCACCACCCCUACGACUGGCACUGCAGUUGUUGAGAACCUUACAAAUGGCAAAGUUACAGCUCACGAGUUUGCCGGUGAGAAUACGCGAGGCUCCCUCUGCAGGUCGUAUGCCGAAUGGAUCGUCGAGGAUUACUUGGAGGAUAGCUUCUUGUUGGUUCCUUUCGUCGAUUUCGGAAUCGUCAUCUUCUCCGGUGCACAGGCAAACACCACGGAUGGCAGAAGUGUCGGGCCGUCUGGUGCAACUACACUCGAUAUGCAACAAGGACCAAGCGAGAUCUUGACUUCCUCCUCUGUCACAAAGGACAGCGUCGCUAUCAAGUACGUCGGCUGA